CUCGUCAGUGGGGGCAGCUGAUAGUUUAAUGCUCAUUGACCAUGCAAUCUGCAUUUACCAAAAGCAAUUCAUCUUCAAAUCUCUCCUGCAUUUCGUUUCCUUGACUCGCAAAGAUGGCUGAAGCUUUCGUUAGUGUUGUUGUGGGAGAAGUGGCGUCAAAAGCGGCGUCAGCUGCGGUUGAGAUGAUAAACCUUGGAUGGGGCUUCAAGGAUGAGAUGCAGAGGCUUGGUAACUCACUAGAAAUGAUUGGAGCUUUCUUGCGAGAUGCAGAGGGAAACCAAAAGCAAAUGAACUCAGUGAAGCUUUGGUUGAAGAGGCUCAGAGAUGUUGCUUAUGAGGCUGAUGAGGUCCUGGAUGAGAUUGCUUAUGAGUUUCUCAGAAGGAAAGUGGAGAUUGGGGAUCAGAUGUGGAGAAAGGUACGAGACACUCCAUCUACUGUCACAUUUCAGCACAACAUGGCUAAUAAAGUUAAGGACAUCCUUAAUUCCUUGGACGACCUUAACAAAAUAGCCAAAGACUAUGGUCUCCAACAGUUAGCCAUAGAUCAAAGAAUUUAUAUCCCAUCAAAUGUGGAGACAGUCUCCUUUCUGGAUGACUCAAACAUUGUUGGAAGGAAAAAUGAUGUCUCAAAAGUUAUUGACAUGUUAGUCAGUCCCCAAGAUGAACGAACUGUCUUUGUUGUGCCUAUAGUUGGAAUGGCGGGUAUCGGGAAAACUACUUUAGCAAGGCUAGUUUACCAUGAUGUGGAUGUGGAAAGGCGUUUUGAUGUAAGAUUUUGGGUGUGUGUUUCGGAUGAUUUCAAUGUGAAAAGAAUUUUAAGAGAAAUGCUGGAGCAUGAUAUGAAUUAUCAGCAGACCUCGAUACCUCAAAACUUGAAUGCUUUAACGGAAAAACUGAAGGGGAAGAUUGAGCAGGCCAAAAGGGGAAAUGAACAGAUCAAAUAUCUUCUUGUACUUGAUGAUGUGUGGAAUGUUGAACAAUGGGAUGAACUAAUGUGGUGUUUGGAAGGGGUUAAUAAGAAUCGGGGGAAUAAAGUUAUUGUAACAACCCGCAUUGAAGAUGUGGCAUUAAAAGUGGAAACACUUCCUAAUCAAAGGCAUCAGCCUGGAAAAUUAAAAGAUGAGGAGUGCUGGUCCAUAAUUAAAGAAAAAGCAUGUGGAGACUCCCCAAUAUCUCCAAGCUUAGUGUUAAUUGGCGAGGAAAUUGCUAAACAAUGUCAUGGUGUGCCUUUAGCAGCAAAAGUUAUUGGAGGGACAAUGCGCAAAAUUGAAAGGAGUUGGGCUGCAUGA